CAGCAAACAAGCGGAAUCAACAAACAACAAUUUAAUAAUAAUAAUUAAUAGGAUUAUACAAUUCUUUUUUGAACCUAUUUGUAAUAUAUUAACGAGUAACAACAGACGAGAGAGAAAAUAUGAAUUUUUCAUCAUCAUCUGGUAAUAUUUCUCAUCACUUGUUAGGACACAGUCCUACAACAUCAUCCAGCACUACAUCGUUAAGUUCUCUGACUGGAUCGAGUAGUCCUGUUGGGCUUCCUUCAUCGUCAUCUCCUCAUCACCACCACACCAAUAGUUUUUCAACACUUCCAAAUAAUAUUUCCUCUACAUCAUCAUUGAUCAGCACAGCAUCGAUCAGUAGUUAUUUAUCCAAUCAAUCCAAUACAAUAAUUAAUAGAAGACAACAUAAUUUAUAUACGAGUAAGAAGAAGGCUACCAAUAAUAAUAUUCUUGUUCCACACAUUGAAAUUUAUCUCAAGCAAGGAUCACACAUCUAUGAACGUUCGGUACAAUCUAAUACAUCAACUAUUACAGUUCAACAAACACAACAACAACAACAACAAUUAUCACCAUGUAAUACCUAUGUUGUUUUUAUUUGUUCUAUUGCUUGUUCUAAAUUGAGUGAAUUUGAUUCUUCCAAUUAUAAUAGCAGUGGUUCUAAUAAUAUUAGAGGUUAUAAUAGAAGAACAUUAAAAUCCAAUGCAAUUAGAUCUACAAGUCCUGUUUGGAAUGAAUUGUUUAUUUUUGAUAUUCAUGUUACUAACAAUAAUGAUCAGAAAUAUGUAAUACACGAGAAUAUAAUUAUGCAAGUUUGGGCUAAACACACUUUCAAGACUGAUGAAUUGUUAGGUGUUAAAAAUAUUAAUUUACAGACAUUGUUAAGAAAUAGAGAAAAUCCAUUAUCAAUACAUUUAACAGGAAAUACUACUGGACAAGUGGAUUUGUCAAUAAUUAUUCACGAUUCUACUGAUGCACAAUUAAAUAUGAAUCAAAUAGGAAAUGAAGAAAGUACAUUAAAUACACCUAACACAACAACACCAAAUUUAAGCUCACCAUCAUCUUCAUCAGGAAUAUUCAAUGUAUUUGAUGUAUUCAAUGAACAAACAUCUUUAAUAUUACCAAAUGAUACACUCAUUCAAAAUGGAAGAUACAAAAUUGUACAAUACAUUUCAAAUCAAGCAUCAAAAUCAGGUGAAUCAAUGUUGUAUAAAAUUAUGGAUUUGAAGUUUAACAAGGCAAAGAUAUUGAAAAAAAUUAAAUGUGAAACUAUUAUGAAUGCCAAUGAUGCAAUUAAAGAAAGUUGGCCGCUAUUAGAAUUACAAUUUGACCAUUUAAUUAGUUAUGAGGAUAUGUUUAUUGAUAUUACAACCAAUGAAAUACUAGGCAGCAUUUUCUUUGUUUGCUAUGUCACACCUUUCUAUGAUGAAGGUUCUCUAUAUGAUUUUAUGUGCAAGGUUAAGAAAAAGAAUAUUCACUUGACUUUACGUAGAAUCAGUGAUUAUGCUUUACAAAUUGCUAAAGGUGUACAAUUUUUACAUGAUCACUCGAUUAUGCACAGAAGUUUAAAACCAAAUAAUAUCUAUUUUGGUCUCAGUAAUACAAAUUUUGGAUUUGCUAAAGCCAUCAAUAACACACUUUCAAUUAUUGGAGGUAUUACAAAGAUUGUGAAUUUCGGAUAUACUGCACCUGAAAUUGCACUUGUCAAUGAUGUUAGUGUUUACGGAUUUGAAGUUGACAUUUGGUCUUUUGGUAUUAUUUUGUACGAGUUGUUAACUUUAAAAAUUGAUAAAGACCAAUUGAAUCAUGCUUAUUUGGCAAGUUACAAUCGUGACACUUACAUGAAAAAUGUAAUUGAAGGAGAAAUCAGAAAAAUUUACAAGAAUGAUGCUGCCGAAGAGUUUAUUCAAUUAUUGAGGAAGAUCCUAGUUAUAGAUCCAAAGUCUAGAAUUAUUGCUUCUGAUCUUGUUCAAGAAUUAACAAGAAUUAAAGAAAUUUAUUCAAAGAAAGAAUAAAAGGAGAAUCUAAUCGAGAUUAUUU